AUGGAAAGCUACCUGACCCGUACAGAUAUCCCGCCAUGGGUGAAAAUUCCCGAAGAUCUGCAAGAUCCAGAAGUAUUCCAAGUACUGACUCCGCUGCUAAAUUCUCUGUUUGGCCCACAAGGAUCUCGAAUCCCUUACAUAGAGCAGGUGAGCCAGGUCAUGUUUGUGCUGAAGACUCUGGAAUCUUCCGAACUCACCGAGGUCUUAGUUUAUGGCUCUCACAACAACAAGCUUCGGGCCAAAUGGAUGCUUCAAUCCAUGGCUGAGAGGUACCGCCUUCGCCAGGAGAGAGGAAUGCUCAAGCUGGAGGAAGCCAUGAAGACCCUGGAACUAGGCCGGUGUUGA